CAGCGGGUCCGGUCCGUCCCCCGAGCCGGCCGGGGGGGGCCCCAGCGCUGCUCCCCCCCCCUCCCCCCCCCCCCCCCCGCCAUGGCGGCGCAGCCCCCGCCUGGGCCGCGGAAGCGGAGCGGCCCGACGCUGUGCGGGGCGGGCUGGGCCGGGGCCGACCCUCCAGUCGCGGCGGGCCGCGACGGGGCCCUGGAGAACGGCUUCCCGCCCCACAAGCGCCCCAAGAGCUCGGGGGCGGCUGGGCCCGGCGAGGCGCCGGGAGACCCCUUCGGGGACAACGACGACUUCACGGCUGACGACCUGGAGGAGAUCGACAUCCUGGCUUCGCAGGCGCUGUCGCAGGAGGCUGCCGCCGCUCCGUGGGCGGGCCUCCCGAAACACGCGUGGGGUGCCUGCGGGGCGAGCGGCGCCGAGCGGCGGGCGGCCGUGGGGCUGCCCCGGGGGAAGCCGACAGGAGGCAGUACAGAAGAUAGUCUGAUGAGAGAUGCAUUCCAGUUUGAAGUACUGCAAACACAGCAUGAAGAAAUUAAACAGAAGCUGAAAGAAAUGCAGGAUGAAAUUCUUACUAAAAAUGGAGAAAUUAAAAUUUUGCGUGACUCCAUGCAGCAGAUGGAGUGUGCUAUGGAGGAACAGAAAAGAUCAUACAUGCUAUUGGAACAGCAAAAAUCUCAGACCUUAAGUGCAAAAGAAAAAGAGUUCUCCAAAAAGUUACUGUCAUUACAGUCAGAGUUGCAGUUCAAAGAUGCAGAAAUGAAUGAAUUAAGAACAAGACUUCAGAACUGUGAAAGAAAUAAACACGCUACUCAGACGGUUUUAGCGCCAAGCCCUAAAAAGAAUUUUGCAAUACAAGUGAAAUCAGAAGGAUGUUCUCCACAGCCUGGAAGAAGAUCUUUUCCUACGAAGGAAUCCUUCAAUGCUGAAACGUCCAGUAAGCCAUCAUGUUCUUCAGGAAAUCCGACUGCCUCAACUGCUUCAGUCAAAGAAGACAGUAAGAUAACCCAUCCUGAAGUUUUAUCUGUGAAGCAUGAAGCAAUGGGAAAAAACAGUUCCUACAAUUCUGUACCUAAGCGAAACGCACGAGGUUCUAUCUUACUAAAUGCACUGAUGAAACAGCCCAUCGUCCCUGGGUCAUUACUCGGACUCUGUCAUCUUCUUAGCAGUACCUCUGAGCCUCUACCUGGAGCUGUACUGCAGCCUAACUAUUUGGAUAAGAAGUCCACACAACUACCCAACAGCAGGACAACUCAAGAAGAAAUUGCUCCUCCUGUAUCCCUGCAAGAAGCUCAAGAACUUGCAAUAACAGGAUUGAACUUCAUUGCUAUGGACGAAGGAUUAUCUGAAGGAAACCCAACAGAAAGCCAGAGAGAGUUCUUGCACCUCACACGCUGCAAGGUCCGAGGUGCUGUGCAUCUCUUGCCCUUGGUCGAGCACCAUAUUGGUGCAUACUGUCAAGCGGUACAAUUGGCGGACAAGUCAGUGAACGGUUCUUGUGGAAGCCAUUCAGCUGUGUCUUCCAGAACCAACGCAAAUACGGUGUCAAGUAAGGAGGACUUCAGGUUGUCUCUUGAAGAAACUACAGUUAUAUCGCUGGGUGUUCUUUAUUAUUUGGCAUUUUAUAGCUGGGAUGUUGUCCACACAUUGCUGUCUGCUGAAGUGGAAAAAAGUUCUGCUGCUGGAGAUGAACAGGUUUCCAAGAUGGACAAAACUGUGUUGUGUGAUAAUCAGCGUGAUAAUAAAGAAGAUACCAGGACACAAGGAGGGCUGCCCGUAGCCCCACAGGAUGCUUCCAGAAAUGGUCAAACUCCACAUUCUCUGUUUAAAAAGCUGCUUCAGGUUUUAGCUUUUUCUGCUACAAGAGGCUCCCAGACUCAUAGUAUACUGAACCAAAGCCUAAAAGUUUUGGUGAAAUUAGCUGAAAAUUCAACAAUGGACUUGCUAAUAAAUUUUCAGCACUUACUGAGUAGCCAGAUCCUGCUCCAUUGCCUGUGUUCGGAGACCCCUUUGCCUGCUGUCCUUUUGACCGUGCGACUGUUGUCUGUUCUUGCUCAACACCACAUCUUGGUUGCUCAACUUUGUUCUCAUUCAGACACCUGCCUCCUUCUUGCACUGUACAUGUAUAUUACAUCAAGACCAGAUAAAUCAGCAUCUGAAAUGCUUUGGCUUCAGCUGGAACAAGAGACAGUUAGACUCCUGACAAGGUGUAUGCGGUGUUCCAGUCCUGCUGUUUUAUUGCCUGGUACAGACUGCCAGUGUAAUCUUGAGGUGGUUAAGGCACUAAUUAUAAUGUUACAUAGACAGUGGAUGAAGAUUAGAAGAUCUGAGAACAACUUAUGUGCAUAUAAGGAACAAAUUAUCCAGUUUUUACGGGAUGCUGUUUUACUCUUACACAGCCUGUCUCAUAAAGAUAAGCUGUUUCACGAACACUGUUUGGAAGUUCUCCAUCAAUAUGAUCAAGCCAUGCCAGGCAUAAGAGCCAUCCUAAGAAAAACUCAGAAAUUAAGUGCCUGUGAAGAGCUGAUUUUGGAUGAAUUGUAUCCUCCUGAGCCAGAAGCAGAAGAUCACGGAAUGGACUCUAGCUAGCUAACAUCUAGCAAAGAUCUCUGUCCUUCCUCAUCUAAAUCAUAAUAAUCAUUGCCAGUGUAAAUCUGAAAUUUAAAUCAUCUAUUUUAAGUGAUAAUCUAGAAGUUGCACUGAAAUGCAGCACAACUAAGACAUCUCUUUGCUGUGAUUAUUUUAAGUGCCAUCUAAAUGUCACUGAAAGCAAAGAAAUUUUGAUGCAAGAAUUAUACUGCAAUGUACUGUUUUGCUGUGCAAAACCACUCAGUUGCUUAUGACUGGUUCUGUUUAUGAAUUUCAUCCUUUAUGAAAUUGCUGUAAAUGGAAUGGAAAUGUCACUAUUCUCCAUUUUACUGUGAUUACUGCUAAAUUUAUGAUGCUGAAUGUGCUGAGAUGUUUGGGAUCCCUUUGUUCAUGUGAAAGUCCUUUGAACUCAUUUCUUUUGCAGCUGUAACACUUUUCUGCUUGACUACCAAAAUUUUCAUGUUGAUAAACAGUUUACUGUGAUUUUAAAAAACCUUUCUAGAAAUAAGUUAUCGUUGGCACUUCAGUUCCGAGGAAGAAAUUCAAACCCCUGUAAUAAUUACCUGAGUUCACCAUUUUUUCUCAAUUUCAUGAAUCUGCUCGACAUGUAACUGUUAAGAUACCAAAACAAAAAAUACUAGAUUUUUUUUUUUUUUAAAUUUACCUUAGAAGACUAAGAUGGUAACAUUGAGGAGAGAGAGAGAAGGAUAUUUAAGUGUGUGCAGACUGGGUUUUUUUGGUUGUAGUAUCUGGAUAGGCACUGCAGUGAUAAUGUCAUUCCUCAGAUACAGCACUGAGUAUGAGAGGAAGAACUGUUGCUAUACCCUUUUCAGGAAUCUGUCAGCUGUGAUAGCUGCAGGCAUCACCUGAACCUUAGACCCUAAAAAGGGAAGUGUUAGUACUACUAAAAUGAGCUGAGAGGUUUAUAUUUUUUAAAAAUUUGGGAAGAUUUUUCAUUUUUUGAUAGGUAGUUGAUCCAGAACAAGCCUGGCUCCAGGGACAAGGAGGAGGAGGGAUAGUACUACAGUGGGAAGGAAGCCCUUGGAAAAUUGUGAAACAUCCAGUUCUCUGGUCAUAACCCAAAGUGGCUGUGUCCUGCCCUGGCGUGCCUGGGCAAAGAGCCCUACUCCAGUGUGCUGAACAAGCUCUUGACUUGGCUUUCACUUUUGAAGAAAACUUUCCCAGAAAUCACUAUGUGUAAUAAUCCAGCCUCUCCCUAGGGCCAAAGCUCCUGGGCACAAAGCUCCACUCCUAGGGCUAAGCCUUUUCUUUGAGCAACAGCCAGCACAGUUCCACCAGGCAGGGCCUGUUCGUUUGUAAAACACAAGCUGCCAACUGCUCCUCUCAGUAAAAGGUUUCAAGUCCCUUGGGGCACCUGGACAACUGCCAUUUUUCUGCUUAAAUGCAGCAAGGAAGGAUACACAGGCACAUACCAGCACAGCUUUCUGAGUCUGUGUAUGCUUGCGUGGUCACAACCCUAGAACUGCCACCAGGGCACUGGACAAGACGUGCUACAGAAGUUUCAGCAUGAUAUAAAAACAUUUGACUUGUACACUUUAAACAAACAAAAACCCCAAAAAAACAAAACAAAACACAGCACUUUGGGACUAGAGAGAAUAGCUCCUGCCUUACUCAAAACCAAAAUAAACAUUAAGAUAAUUCUUGAAAAAUAGCCCUAUGAGCAGUAGUAAAGCAGUAUCCAGCAGAAUCCUUCUGUGAGGGGCUAACUUGGAGCUGUCCUAACAAUGAUACGAUAGUCAUAAUAUCCCAAAACACAGUGACCUGCCAUCACUGAUCAACUGCUCUAUGCUGUUCUCACCACCUGAUUUCUUUAAACAUAGUUUGAGUUUAUAGAGGUAAGAUGCAUUUAAGCCCCUUUGGCCUAUUCACCCAGAGAAGAAACUGUUAAGUCUGGAUGAAAACCAGUUAAGGAAUCCUAAACUGUUGAAGCAAUUCGGUUAAACAAGCUUUUAUAAAAAAUUCCUGGCGUCAUCUAAAGGGUGUGUGUAUGGCAACUUGGUAAAAGUUACUGAUAAACCUUACAUAAACAGAAGUGUUACCUGUGGAAAAAAAUGCCAGGAAAAUACCCCUAACUGUUCCCUUCUGGCACUGCAUCCCUUCCCAUGCACCCACUGUAACAAACACCCUAACUUGUACAUUUACACUCUGGUUUUCUUCCCACUUUUGACUAAAGUGGUGUCGCCCAGGCUAUAUACAAACAAACCAGCCCAAAAUGCUAUACCUUUACCCGUAGAAAGGACAGUAACAUCAUGGCAUUAGGAAAUUAAACUGUAGCUUUUAAAAAUUAAGGCAUUUUCUGUAAAAUUCCUAAGGAAAAAGGAGGAAAAAGGAAAAAAGAGGCCGCACUCCUAAAGAGAAAAGGUGUACUUACAGAACUGCCAUAAUUCAUUAUUUAUUACAUCAUUUACGGUGACCAAUCUUUUUUCAGGAUUAUUGGAAGUCUACUGAGCUUCAGUAAUUAUUGCCUUUUUACAUUCUGUUGGAAUUUUUUCUUUGGAUUACAGACAUCCAACCAUGUAGGCAACAUCUGAUCAUCCCCUGAAAAAAAACAAGCAUUUUUACAGAUUACGGAACUACUGGUUUACUAUCUUCAUGACCAGAAAGUAACAGAACUCAGACUGUUCUCAUCAGACACUCCUUAAAGAAUUGACAGCAUAGCAGCUCUUUUUUCAAGGCCAGUUUGCAUUUUCCCAACAUGUUAUAGAUAAGUUGUGCCUCUAUUAACUGAGAAAAGGAAUUUACUCUGGCAUCAAGCAGAGUCACAGGACUGAAUAAUGAAGUACUGAGCAACAACAAUAAACACUAGUCAUGUUCUAGAUGUGAUUAUCACAUUCCUCAGUCAGCAGCAGCCACCCAUCUGUUUUCUUGCCCAUGGGGAUGGCAACUAGUUUCCCCUUUGCCGAAAGCUGACCUAAGAAUAGCUGGCUUUUUCCUCCUCACUGAACUGUACUGAGCAGACAGGACUGAAGCUCAGCAGGAGCUGGCUGAAGAAAGGAAUCACCUCUACUGGCUUGCCCAUUACUCGGGCAACCUUGUGCAAAAAGGAUGAGAUCCUUGCUGACUUGUAUUUUAAGAUCUACUGACACUACCCCUUGAACAGUUGCAGAGCAAGAGGUAUUGCAUUGCUAAAUUCAAGGACCUGAGGCACUGCAUGGAUUCAAACACACAGCAGUUUAUUUCUACUGAACCUAUGUACAGAGAGAAAGUAAAUGAUGCUUCACUGACUAAAAUAUUGAGGGAAUUUACACAAGUAACACCUUAUUUUCUACAACUCAUAGAAUUAUUGAAUAGUUAAGGUUGGAAGGGACCUCUGUAGGUCAUCUAGUCCAGCCCAAAUCAAAGCAAACUUCCACAGACAACUGCUCUGUGUCAUUUCAGGCCUCAAAAUACAUUUCUGUAAACCAAGCUGUAAUAGGUGAAGAUGGCAAAUACAAAAUACCCCAUCAUGUAGCAUGCAGCAUCUGACCUGGGUUGUUUUUUUUCAUAUUAAUUCCACUAGUGUGAAUUACUGUUUAAGAAAGUUUAGCCUGUGCUAGACUAUUAGAACAGAAAGUUAAUUUAACCACUGAAUAAAGUUUUUAUGUUACAGUCAGUAAUAUUAUUUAUGAUUAAGGUCAAAUGCAGCAGUAAUCUGCCUGUAAGGAGUGUAUUACCUGCUGUGAAUGUAACAGCAAAUGCAAACUUGCAUCUACCGUGUAAAUUGUUAAAACCUAUGUAUCAAAUUAUAAUUUAACAGUGAUAAGAAAAGGUGGUCUGUAAGCUUUAUAAAGACCUACAAGCCCACUGUGGCUGAAGUUUAUCAAAAUGCUUCCAAGAGCGAGGGCCAACAUGUUCAGUACCAAGUUUAACUGCAAACCGCUAGCAAUGUGCUGAGCACCCUGUCCCUGCAGCAGGUACAUUGAGUUCACUUUGGACUGAUUUUAUAGGUUUUAGUCCUAAAGCUUCUAAGCAAAAUAGUGCUCUGAAUAGCUUGCUCAAGUGGUAACCUGCUUUUGAAAAUAUCUAGGGGGACCAGCUAGUUUAUCUUCAUAUUCCAACAACGUAACUGCGGAGUGUCCUAAACAGAGAUAACACAAACCAGACUGGUUUGGGUUGGUUUGUUUUUCUGUUUUGUUUUUUUUUUUUUUUUUUGGUCUAUGCAUUACUCUCAUUGUGGGUUGGUAUCUUGAGAACGUAGCUGAACAAUUUGUUUGGCUAAAGACCUCCUUUACAGCACAGAUGUGCUGCGAUACCUGUUCAGCAGUCUGUAAAGCAGAUCCUACCUGAUUCCAGGGCCAAAGUAACAUCUGAGAGUGAACCAUGAAAACCAACUGCAAGAUCAAGAAACGUUAGAAUGGAAACUCUCCAGGAACUGCUUUAAAAGCUACUUUGACUGCAGCAAGGAAAAUCGGGUAUCAGAGAUUAAUUUAUACAUAUCUUGAACCGUUCUUCAGCAUUGGUGAAACGAAGAGUGAAACAGCUGCUCAACUUGUCAGCUUGCAGGAGAGGAGGGAUGGCACGGAGAUGGAAAUGGCAUCGCUUCCAAACCCGUGCCCCACGCUGCAGCCCCAGGGGAACCAGAGAGGGCCUGUGCUGCACUGCGCCGGGCAGUGCCGCCUCACUAUCCAGUACUGACAAAAGGAGUUAGCCGUGUCUUAAACCUAAAGAAAUCACUUUACAACAGAAGGGCAUCCCUUAUAACGUGGCUAACUCGCCCUUAGUGGAGACUGCCAUAAAAAGGUAAAGCAGAGGAGACUACUCCAUCAACACAGAUGCCCAAGCUCUUUAAAGGAUAAAAUAUUUUCUUCAGCUUUAUCUCACCUUUAACAGGUUUAACUUGCACACUUUUUCUCCCUCCUAUACAACUUGAAAGGUGUAAAUCUGACCAGGUUCCUGUGAUACAGGCUAUACAAGUAGAUGAGGUCAAACAGUAAUCAGAGGGAAAAAAAUAGGCCCCAAACCACUGGCUAAAGCAAACCUGGCAAGUCAGCAUACAUGCUUAGAUAUGAUCCUAAUCUUCCACACUUUAAAAAAAAAAAAAAAAAAAAAAAAAAAGAGAGAAUUGCUUGUUUGGCAAUUAUUGCUCAUUUUUCCCUCCUUUGUGUUCAGCUUCUCCAUGCAACCCUGCCAUGGGUUUUAAGAUGCAUGCCAAGUUUUGUUCUGGAAAAAGUCACACUAUCAUAAACAACUGCUGAUUAAAAGUUACGGAAACGUAACCAGCAUUAUUCCUCACCCCGAGCUCUCAACUUUUUAGUUCAGCAGUUUGCUCUCCUAUAUGGUAUUUUGCUGCAAUUUUAGAGGGUGAAGGUACCUUUGAAGCCCUAUGUGCUCGUUAAAGGAAAUAUGAAGUUUUUAAACAAAACACUACAUUCCUCAGAUUUGUGUGCAGAGAAGGGAAGGCACACAGCUUUUCUCUGAACAGAAGGAGGCUUCUCUGCAUGUCACUUCUCAAAUUCAGCCAUCUUGCACAGAUCCAUCUGCUAAAAAGUCAUGGGGGAAAAAAAAAAAAAAAAACAGAUGAACUAAAAAGUAGUGGCAACAAAAAUGUCAGAAACAACUCUGCAUUCUCCUGGUAUAAUUUCUAGCCCACACAUUAAUUUUAGUUGUCUUCUACAUUGAGGUUUUGGAGGAUACAUUAUGUCUGCUGUCUCCAGUUAAAGGAUAGAAAUUCUGAUGAAGAAUGUGAAAUAAAAUUGUAAGUGAAAUGAUCUAUAUUUCAUCUGCAACACAUUAUCAGCCUGCAGCUGAAACUCCAACAAAUUCAAUUAGUAACAUUGCAAAACUACCUGAUUACUCCAUGAUAAACAACUCUUUCAGAACAAGUUUGGGUGGGGGAUUGGGCUUUUUUUCUUUUUGAAUGUUGUCAUUCCCUUCCCUCCUGCACCUUUUUUAAAUCCUGCAUUGGAAACUUAGCUGGCAAUUCAAGGUAAUAAAGAUUAUAUACUGAACAUUCUCAACUAA